AUGGAACAAAAUUUAAAGCUUUCUACCAAUGAAGGAGCAGCUUUCGAAGAUCCAACCAAGUACAGGCAGCUUGUUGGAAGUUUGAUUUAUGUCACCACUACUCGUCCUAACAUUACUUUUGUAGUAGGAAUUAUGUCCAGAUUUAUGCAUAAACCAUGUGAAGGACAUUGGACUGCAGCUCAACGAGUUCUAAAAUAUUUAAAAGGAACUCAGACUCUUGGCAUCAAAUACUCAAAGGUUUUAGACUUCCAUCUCAAAGGUUAUUCUGAUUCAGAUUUUGAUGGCGACAAAGAAAAUGGGGUAUCUACUUCUGGUUAUUUGAUGACUCUUGGAUCAGGCGCUGUCACUUGGAGAUCGAAGAAACAAACAAUUCCUACUAACUCUACAACUGAAGCCAAAUAUGUAGUAGCAGCUCAAGCCACCAAAGAAAUUGUGUGGCUCAGGAAAAUUCUCGAUGAUUUGCAGGAGAAACAAACAACUUCAAUGCCUUUACUUGUUGAUAAUAAUUAUGCAAUUCAAUUGGCCAAGAAUCCUAGAUUUCAUGAUCACACCAAGCAUAUCAACACCAAAUAUCAUUUGAUUCGAUGUCAUGUUGAGGUCAAAACCUUACAUUUACAACAUUGUUCCACUGCAGAUCAAAUUGUUGAUAUCUUCACCAAAGCAUUGGGACGUGUAAAAUUUGAACAAUUUCGAAUGCUGCUUGGCAUGACAGAUGUCCCUUUGGAUUAA